GAAUACCCUUUGCUAAAGCCAUUGUGUUGAUGAACUUUUAACCUUUUGAACUUUGACCUUGACGUUGAUUAUUUUAGGGGGCGGGGCUGAUUGUUGGAAACAAAAUGGAAUCUACCACUGCACACCUUCUGGGCCUCAAAGUGAUGAGGCUGACCAAACCCUCACUGGCCACCACAGUGCCUGUGCUGGGGGAGAAAUGGGACAUGUUAGGCAAGUCCUUGGAGACACAGUUCAUAUCUGACCUCCGAACUCCUGCGGCCACGCCCAACUUCUCCACAGGGGAAGUGUUAGCAUUGCCACAAAGCUUUGGGAUGAUAUUCCUCGGAGAAACGUUCAGUGGCUUCGUGACUGCACACAACGAUAGUCAGGAAUUGGUCAAGGAGGUGGUGCUUAGGGUUGAACUCAUGACCCCGUCACAGCGUCUGAAUCUAUUGACCACACCCACUAUCGGACAGAUUGACGGAGGUGCGUGUGAGGAGAGGAUCAUCACUCACGAGGUGAAGGAACUAGGGGAACACUCACUCGUAUGCUCGGCCAACUACACUGUUACAACAUCAGGGGAGGAGCUAUAUCUCAGAAAGUUCUUCAAGUUCAACGUCCACAAGCCUUUAGAUGUGAAGACCAAGUUCCACUGUAGCAGUGAGGACGAGGUCUUGUUGGAGGUCCAGCUGCAGAACAUCACUCCCUCCCCCAUGUUCCUGGAACUGGUCAGCUUUGACCCAACCUCCAACUUCCAAGCCAAGGAUCUCAACAUCAUCAUCAACAAGGAGACAGAAUCUGAAGAGUCGGUGUUUGGGUGUGAGAACUACCUGGUCCCUCGCAACACUCGUCAGUACCUCUACCGAAUCUCACCACUCUCUAGCGUGCAGACUCCAGGCAAGCGUGCUAACGUGAGUGUGGGAAAGAUGGAUAUUGUGUGGAGGUCAAAGUUUGGAGACAGGGGUCGUAUACAAACAGGGCAACUGAAGGCGACUGUACCUCCAUUGCCUGAGCUGGCGUGUGUGUUGGUGGAGUCCCCGGGUAUUGCCCGCCUAGAGCAGCCGGUAAAGGUCACCUGUCAGAUUACAAAUAAUACCAAUCGACCAAUGAGAUUGCUGUCGCAGUUGGAGAGGCCUCCUGGAUCUGGGAUUUUAUUCAGUGGAAAUACUGGAAAGGUCCACAGCGAGUUGCCUAGCAACGGCUCUAUGGAGUUGAAGUUGACCUUGAUACCCAUUACCCCAGGUCUUCAAGUGAUUGGUCCAGUCUCGUUUCUUGAUCUGCUCUCGUCACAAAAGAAGUAUCAGUUUCCAAGCCUUGGACAGCUGUUUGUAGAACAAUCCUCAACUGUCACUAUUUAGUAUGUAUUUGUAUUGUGUGCCCUGCAUGUUGUUUUGUUACUAUUUGACAUGAACAUGUAUGACAGUGGACCGAACACA